AGGAAGAAGAGAAGAGGAGAGGAGAGGAGAGGAGAGGAGAGGGGGAAGCAACCCAAGCAAGCAAGCCCUAGCCUAGCCUAGCCAGAUACUAGUAGAUAGACAGAAAACCAAAAGCGCCGGUCGCCGGAUCGCCGGAUCGCCGGACGAGAGAGACCAUGUCCCUCCCGCGGGCAGCCGCCCCCGUCGCGUGACCGGCCACCGGGGCAGCCAUCGCCAUCGCCAUCGCCAUCGCCGCCGCCGCCGCCAAGGCCAAGGCCAAGCAGGAGCCCCAGACUCCCUCCCUCCCUCCCUCCCUACAGCAAGCAAGCAAGCAAGCAAGAAAGCGAGCAGGUAAGGAGGGGGGAUGGCGGAUAGCGGCGGGGUCAGCGCCAACAACGCCGCCGCCGGCAACGACGACGAGGAGGGCAACACCGCCCCGUUCCCCGAGACGGUCCAGAUAGGAGGAUCUCCCGAGUACAGGGUCGAGAGGAAGCUCGGCAAAGGUGGCUUUGGCCACGUCUUUGUCGGCCGCCGCCUAACCGGUGGCAACGGCCGCGGCGCCGGUGCUCAGGAGGUUGCAAUCAAAUUUGAGCACAACACCAGCAAGGGCUGCAACUACGGCCCUCCUUACGAGUGGCAUGUCUAUUCUGCUCUUGGAGGUACUCAUGGUGUGCCCAAGGUGCAUUAUAAAGGCCGUCAGGGUGACUACUAUGUCAUGAUUAUGGAUAUGCUGGGGCCUAGCUUGUGGGAUUCCUGGAAUUCAGCAGGGCAGACCAUGUCAUCAGAAAUGGUAGCCUGUAUUGCUGCAGAGGCCAUUUCUAUCCUGGAAAGCAUGCAUUCUAAAGGAUAUGUACAUGGAGAUGUCAAACCUGAGAAUUUUCUUCUCGGUCAGCCUGGAACUCCUCAAGAAAAGAAACUUUUUCUUGUAGAUCUUGGAUUAGCAACAAAGUGGAAAGAUCCUGCUACUCAACAGCAUGUUGAUUAUGAUCAACGUCCGGAUGCCUUCAGAGGAACAGUCAGAUAUGCUAGUGCCCAUGCGCAUUUAGGAAGAACUGCAAGCAGGAGAGAUGACUUGGAAUCACUGGCUUAUACACUAGUAUUUCUCCAUCGAGGCAGGUUACCAUGGCAAGGAUACCAGGGUGAUAAUAAAUCAUUUCUGGUGUGCAAGAGAAAGAUGAGUACCUCACCUGAUAUCCUUUGCGGCCUCUGUCCUCAACCUUUUAAGCUAUUCCUUGAGACUGUAGUCAACAUGAAGUUUGAUGAGGAACCAAACUACUCCAAGUUGAUUUCUUUGUUCGAUGUUUUAAUUGGACCAAACCCUUCCAUCAGACCAAUCAAUACCGAUGGAGCCCAAAAGGUAGGGCAGAAGCGUUCUAGGCUGCUUAAUGACGAUGACGAUAGCAACGCAAGAAAGAAGAUUCGCCUGGGCGUUCCAGCAACACAGUGGAUUUCUGUAUAUAAUUCUAGAUCACCCAUGAAACAGAGGUACCACUAUAAUGUGGCUGACAAUAGGUUAGCGCCACACGUGGAGAAAGGAAAUGAGGAUGGUCUUCUGAUAAGCUCAAUAUCAUCAUGUGUUGAUCUUUGGGCAAUCAUUAUGGAUGCUGGAACUGGCUUCACGGAUCAAGUCUAUGAACUGUCUCCACAUUUCCUUCACAAGGACUGGAUUAUGGAACAAUGGGAGAAAAAUUUCUACAUCAGUUCUGUCGCUGGCGCCAACAUCGGAAGCUCUCUUGUAGUGAUGUCCAAAGGCACGCCAUACACGCAGCAGUCCUACAAGGUGAGCGAUUCCUUCCCUUUCAAAUGGAUAAACAAGAAAUGGAAGGAAGGCUUCUACGUGACGUCGAUGGCGACGUCGGGCAGCCGAUGGGCCAUAGUGAUGUCACGCAACGCUGGGUUCACCGACCAGGUGGUGGAGCUGGACUUUCUGUACCCGAGCGAGGGCGUCCACAGGCGGUGGGACAACGGGUACCGGAUCACGGCGAUGGCGGCGACCAUGGACCAGUCGGCCCUGAUCCUGAGCAUGCCGAGGCGCCGGCCUCGGGACGAGACGCAGGAGACCCUGCGGACGUCGCAGUUCCCCAGCGCGCAUGUCAAGGACAAGUGGGCCAAGAACCUCUACCUCGCCGGGAUCUGCUACGGGCGAACGGUGGCGUAGCGGUAGCAUAGCCAUAGCCAUGGCUGCCCGCGGAGCGAGCUGGAUGCAAUGCAUCCUUGGUAGUAGGUGAUGGCUCUUUGAGUGAGUCCUAUUUAUCCAGACCUGAUUCAUGUUGCUGACACCCAACCCAACCCCAACCCCAACCCCAUCCCAUCCCAUUCAUGUGUAUAUUUUCAUAGCAUCUGCUUGCUUAAUUUUAAUUUUAAUUUUAAUUACUGCAGCAUCGAUUGUAGUGAGUUUGUUUGGAUGGAUUGUGAAUGAAUGAAUUUCCUCAUCAUGUAUCUGACUCACUGCUAGUCAUGAUGAUGAUUAUGUUGCUGGUCUCUUGUACCAUGCAUGUUUUUCAUCUCUA